AUGGCGCAUCAUCUCAUCGAGCAUAGUUUUUUUUUCACCACAGAUGAGCGCGAGGCCAUUUAUCGAGCAAACAGCGCCGUCAAUACUCGCCCAGUGAGCUUCGUGACGCGAAUCUUUUUCCCUUUGUGGGCUUACAUCAGCGUAAAGCUACGGAAUGAGCAAAUCGCGCCGAACGCGAUUACAAUGGUGGGACUUUUGUGUUGUUUACAGGCCUAUCAGCUGAUUCAUACUUAUUAUCCCUACGGCGCGAUUGAUGAGGGGCGGCCCUGCCCGCACGCGAGCUGCUGUCCCUACAAAGACUUUUUUGAGGCCAAUAAAACAGUGCAGACGGCGACCCUCUUCGCCGCCUCGCUUUUGGUCGUUUCGAUUGUUUGCGGGUCGCUGGAUGGGGUCCACGCGAAACGCUGUCGAAUCGCAACAAGCCUUGGGGAUAUUUUCGCGCGCAUUUGCACCUCCAUCUCGCGCAUUUUCGUUGCCCUGACAGUGUUGGAGGUGAUGCACAUUGACGAUAUUCUAACCAAGUGGUACGUUCUUCUCAUAUUGCAGCUGAUUGAAUUCAACACCGUUCUCGGACGGAUUAAUGCAGAGAAUUUGCGCAAGGAUAAGGUGAAGAAUUGGGCCUAUGUUGUGACCUACUGCUUUCGCGAUUCGGAGAUCUCGUUCUUGAUCUUGAUGUUGAUGGCGCUGCGUUGGAUCUUCCCGGGCUUCGCGAGCUAUAUUAUUUAUCCAAACCAUCGCUAUGUUCAAUGGGGCCACUUUUUUUUGUUGUGUAUUUCCUUUCUCAACAUCGCGCUGCUUAAGAUGUGUGCAAAGCAUAAGAUCAGCAUUGCGAUUUGCCUUGUGGCGCGGGUGAUGCCCAUUUUCUACCUUCUUCCUUUUAACGAAUACAGUCUUUUGUCGAUUACGGGGGAUGCCCUGGUGGUGGGAUUAUUAUCUACGGAGGUUUAUGUCAGCCAUUUAUGCCAUCGACGCGUGCAUGCCGCCGUGACGUUGAUUUGCAUUGGCUCCAUCUUCAACGCCGUCGUGGCGGUGACCGGGACUGUCGUGUAUGUUAUUGGAAUUUUGGUAGACCUCUCCUACUCGCUGAAUUUGCCGAUUUUUGUUCCCGUACGGAACGUUUAUAUCGACGGCGUUUUCGAUCUUUGUCAUGCCGGGCAUAAACGGAUGAUGGCGAAGGCGCUUGGGUUUGGCAAUCGCCUUAUUGUGGGAGUUUGCGGGGAUGAGGAGUGUACGAUUUAUAAGCGUCGGCCGAUUAUGACGACCAAGGAGCGGGUGAACGAGGUGAAGCUCUGCAAGUACGUUUCAGAGGUCAUUCCCAACGUUCCCACCACCGGGAUCACCGCGGAGAUGAUAAAGUUCUACAACAUUCACAUCGUCGUUUGUGGGGAAGAAUAUAACAACCCAAAUGAUACCUACUACGAGGUGCCGCGGCGGCUGGGCAUUCUUCGAACGCUACCGCGGACCCCUGGUAUUUCAACGAGCCUGCUGAUCAGGCGAAUACGUUUGGCAAGUGAUUCGGAUGUGGAGGCGAAGGAUAAGUCUUCCGGAAAGUCGCGAGUGGGGAAUAACGAAUGA